AUGUUGUCUGCCUGGUACCUGGGUUCAGAUAUCUCCUUUGGUCUGAAGGUGAACUUGCAGCGGGAAGGAGAGAAUCCAGUUAUCGUGAUCCAUGUCAGUAUCAAUGAAAUAGGUGGAGGUGAAGAUGACAAGCUGAUCCUGUGUGAUGAAUGCAAUAAGGCCUUCCACUUGUUCUGUUUGAGACCAGCCCUCUACGUGAUACCAGACGGAGAGUGGCUAUGUCCAGCUUGUCAGCCAGCCACAGCUAGACGUGGCACACGUGAUAGAAAUUAUGCUGAGGAGGAAGACGAAGGUAAUGAGAAUGAGGAGGAUGAAGAAGAGGAAGUAGAGGAGGAGGAAGAGGAAGAAGAGGAGGAGGACUAUGAGGAGCGAGGAGGUCCCAGACUCAGAUCGAGGCUCAGGAAAGCUGCCAAAGGAAAACCAGGCUCUCAGGGCCGCCCUCCUAGGCAGGCCAAACAGCCGGGGAGAAAAAAGUCCCUAAACGGUCACAGCAGGAACACUCGACACAAGACAUCACCUGUCAAUGGAGUGGACAUUGAUGAGCUGGUGCAACAGAGAACAAAAUAUAGGUCACGGAGACUAAAUUUGGAGCUUGCAAAGUGUGAAGAAAUCUUGAACAAAUUAAUCAGAUCGAGAUAUAGCUGGCCUUUCAGAGAGCCUGUGACAACUGAUGAAGCAGAAGAUUAUUUUGAAAUAAUCACUAAACCUAUGGACUUGCAGACCAUGCAGAGCAAGUGUUUAUGCAGCACCUACAAAACUGUUGAGGAAUUUCUUGAGGACAUUAAACUGGUAUUUAACAAUGCAGAACAGUACAAUCAGGAGGGUAGCCAGGUCCUUACCUGUGUAGAAAAAACAGAACGAUGUUUCAUUGACAUGUUGCAAAAACAUCUUCCCAACUACAACUAUAGACGGGGCAAACCACGAAGAAGUAUCCAGAAACGGAAAAGGCUGGUGCAAGUAGAACUAGAGGAGGAAGAGGAGGAGGAGGAGGAUGAUGAAGAGGAGGAAGACGAGGAGGAGGAGGAGGAGCAGGAGGAGCAGGAAGAAGAAGAAGUAGUAGACGAUGAGUAUGAUGACAGUGAUGCAGAAUCAAGUGAACAUUCCAUCCCACCGCGUAAGCGCCGGAAGUGAAUUGAGAAUAGUUGAGUUUUCUGAAUAAUGGAUGUAGUAAUUAUUUUGGAAACUGCAGACUUGUUUGUACUUUAAAUGUUUACGUUGACUGAUUUAAAAUAUUGGAUCAAAUACAAAACUUCAACCAAACCUGGACAUUUUCAUAGGAACACAAAAAUGUUGAAGUCUAAAGCUCUUACAGAUUUUUUAAUACUGUUGUGAAGUUGGGAGAUCCUGAGGGCUGAAAGUUCCUUGUUUUGUUGAAAAUAGUUGUGAAAUUAAGAUCGCAGACAAGGAGCUCUGUUGUUCUGAUUUUAUGACCAUAGAGUGGACCUUUCACAAAAAAUUCUGCCCCUUGGUAUCAGCUUUCAGCAAGAGCUUUCUGAUUUGUUCAUCAUAGCUGUGGAAGUGGUCAAUUCAGGAAAUUAGACAACCCCUCGAGUGUCGGUCCUUGGUCCUUCUUAAUAACACUGCCUCGCUGGAGAGAGUGUACAAUUAAUGGAAAUUCAGCUGAUUGCAGGCCAAGGCGUUUCACAGUGCCAGAUGACACACAUUGCAUCACCAGCAUCUGUUUUAUCCAGCUGUGUUUUAGGUUUGACCAUAUGAUUGAAUAUGUGCAAAAUUAUCUCACAUUGAUCGCAACAGUAUUUGUAAAUGUACAGCUGUUCUUUAUAAUAAGGAGAUGUAUCCAGCCACUUUGAGGAGAAUCCCUGCCCUCGAAUGUUUUGCCAUCUGAAACAGUAAAAUGAGCUUUUCAUAUGAACCACCAGCCAUCGUGUAACUUCUGUCACCUGUUUAAUUGACUGUGGUCGAGAAGGUAUCAGUUGCCUGAUGAACAUGUGAUCUUGUGCAGGAUGUUUAGUUCAGAGUCAACUUAGUUUCAAAACUGAACUGUAAUCAGUUCUGCAUGUAAUGAGCAAUGGUAACUGGUUUAUACACUUAGGCUGUCUAUCUUGAUUUAGCUGAGGGUCCAACCAAAUGGAUAUUAUUGAAUAGUACGUUGGGUGUCUCUAGUUUCUUGAAAGAUUCUAAUUUGCCCUACUCACUAAUUGGUGCAGGGUAAUAGCACCCAGACUCAAUACAGAUGCGCUACCACGUUUCAUGCUUGUUGGCUGACAACAAUUCUGUGUUUGACAUAUAAGAUUCUCUUUUGAUCUGCCUGACCAUUCUGGCUGACCAAAUAGUUCUCAUGCAACACCAUUGGAUUUUUAAACUGAAGAAUUGUAAAAUACUCCUUUUUGUGCGGAGAUUUGUACAGUGCAUACAGAUAUGUAGAUCUAACCAGAUUAAGAUCCUUGUGUUUCAAGUUGUCAAAAAAGUUGUGACACAACUUGAAUUUGUUUUCAUCUUUGUUACUGUAGUUUGUAUAAAUAAUUCUUAUUAUUUGAGUAUUUGUGAGCAACAAAUCCUUCAAGGCCCUUUUCACAUCUGCAAUUUUUUUUCUUGGAGUGAGGGGGAAGGAAAGCACUGAUCUAAAAUUUUCUUUGUUUCUUUUUAUGAGAGUUUCCCCCUCUUUCCACUUGGCGUUUUAUCACCGUUCCCAGUCACACUCAGUUGUGUAGGCAAGUGAUGUAGAAUAAAACAGUGGAAUUUUGACAUUGUAUAUUUUCCCAAAUGUCUGUGGUAGUUGUUUGGGGAGGGCUAUGCUUGUAUUAAAAACAUUUUUGGACUUUUAAAUAAAAGCAAUUACAUUUAAAACUUUGCAAAAAAAAAAGUAAGGGUUAUGUGUGCCCUGUAACAACAACAUCAAGAUUACUCACUUUAGUAUUUGAACAUUUUUUUAAAAUGAGUAGCUGCCUGGAGACUAAUUGUUUUCACUGGCUGGCAGGAAUUGUCUGGCUUUUCUAGAUUUUUUUCCACCUCUUUUGAGUUUAUCUUGUAUGUCAGUGAAUACAUCUCUCUCUGUCUUUGAGUAUUUCUUCUGGCGCCUUCUCCAUGUUUCCUUGCUCACUGCCCUGGGCUCACUUUUCUGUUGCUUGCCCUAUGUCUUGCUCUCAUGCUGUCUUAUCUCUGGCAUGCUCUCUACUGGUGUUCCCUCUCCCUUUCUUGCUGUCUUCUUCCCUCUGUGGCAUGUGCUUUCGCAUAUGUAUGCACGUAAUCUUUUGAUUUCCAUGUUUUUUUUUAAAAUUGGGACGUGAUAUGUUUCUCUAUCGUUGUGUGCAUCUGUCCCCCUCUGUCAAUUGUGUGUAUGAGUGUGCCUUUGUUGUUGAGAGACAAUACAUUUCACGAUCCAUUUGUCUACAUCUACCUACUCCUGUGUCAGCAAUCAGACUCCCAUACGCAUUCUAUCUGUAAUAUGAGAUUGCUCCAAAGAGGACCACCUGCCCUCUUUCCUAUUUUUCCCCUCUUCACCCCUGUUGAAUAUGGCACCUGUGAUUAGACUCUUAUGUAAUUGAGUUCUUCCACAUAGCAACAGUGAGGACUCUUCAGAAGUACCUCAUUAGUGUGAAUACUGAUGCAACAAUGCCCCCUGUUCUUUUAAAAAAAAACUUCCUUCAAGGAUAAAGCACUUUAACACUCCAUUCUUCACAGGCAAUACUCAGCAUUGGCACAUACAGCCUUAGAUAUAAAAUUUAAAUGUGCUAUUUCUUGGAUAAUUAUAAAGUGUCAUAUGUUUUUUGGAGCAAGUCCAAAAGCCUAAUCUAUCUGGAUUUUGUGUUCCCUAACUAACUCUUGUAUUGGGAGAGAAUGUUGACAUGUAACUGAAAUAGUUUUUGCAUUUUGGUAGACACAUGGAGGCCCGCUGAGUAUUGGAAAUGUGUGAAUUUUAGCCUUCUAAUUAUCUUGAAGAUUCAGGAUGUCCAAGAAUUAUGUGCACUGCAUUGCUGUAUACAGAGAAACCAAAGAAGGCAAGAAUUGGAAAAAAAAACAAAGGAAUUUAAGAAAGGGAGCAUUAAUAAACUAAUCAAACUUGGAAUGAACCCUAUUCUGGAUUAUUUGCAUCAGUGUAUAUUAAAAGAAGAAAGCACUAUUACAUGUAUAAGAAAACUCACUAUAAAAGGGAAUAGUUCCAGAAGACUCAGCUUUUCAUGUGAUCCCCACAUUUAUACAUUGGUGGGAAAGAUAAGAAAAUCCUUAUUUAACAAUGCCAUGAAAAGAUCUUUAAGUCAGAAUUCGGUGUAGUUAGAGUGGAUUUUAAAUGUGAUAGCAAAGUUUGACCAACUCUUUUGCGGUCGUAGAGUAAUACAGCGUGGAAACAGAGCCUUUGGUCCAACUCAUCCAUGCUGACCAGAUAUCUUAAACUGAUCUAGUCCCAUUUACCAGCAUUUGGCCCAUAUCCGUCUAAACCCUUCCCAUUCAUGUACCCAUCCAGAUGCCUUUUAAAUGUUGUAACUGUACCCACACUCCCUUUGAAGAGGUAAUGAUGGGUAUACACAUUUAAUAUUUUUAGACUUUCAAAAGGAGCGUGAUAAGGUGUCACGUUGAUUCAGGCUUAUGUGGUCAAAGAACAGUAGCAAAGUAGAUAGCAAAGUAUUUACAAAACCGAAAUGGGAGAAUAAUCCUCCAGUGUUACUGCUAUCUCCAAUAUGAAACCACUAUCAAACACAUUUUCCUCUCUUUCAGCAGACCCUGGUCCACUUCUCAAACUGUACCCAGCACCACCUGUCCUUCAUAUUGUGCUUUUCCACACAAUUACAUAUGUCGUACCAGUCCCUUUACCUCCUCACUAUCAAAAUAUUCAAACACAUCUUCCAGGUGAAACAACAGUUUUGCUCCUGUAUGCUAUAUUUGCUAUUUUCAAAGUGGUCUGUUCUACUUUGGUUAGAGCAAAGGCCGAUUGGGUGUCUUGAAACAGCUCUUCAGUCCAGAAACUAGACCCCAAGCUUUUGGUCACCUGUCAUUUGGUUCUCCACCUUGAUCCCAUGCUGCCUUCAGUGAUCCAAUGCAAGCAUAAGGAAGAUCAUCUUUUGAUUUGGCACUUUCAGGCUCUAUGGACACUAUUGAGUAUAACAUUUUCUGACAGUAACCUCUGUUCCCAUGUUUAUCUUCUGUUUUACUCUGUUUCUCUUCAGACAGCAACUCUUCAUCAUUCUGCAUUCGUACUCCUCUAGAUUCCCAUUUCCCCAGUCCCCUUGAGGUUGGACCACCAACUGGAGUUUAAUCUCUCCUACCUUCCACCCAUCACAAAACUCUUCCUUUUGUCUCUUACCCCCGAGCUCCACUUAUUUCAUUUUUUCACUUGCUUCAAAUAUAUUAUAUCUUUUUAUUUCUCCACAGCUGAGCCCUGACCUACUGAGUAUUUCCAGCAUUUUCGAUCUUUUUCAGAAUUCCAGCAUCUAUAAUAUGUUGCUUUGAUAGUUCCCUGAGCUAGGUUCUGAGGGUGCUGGCUAAUGUAAUGUCAGUUAAUUCUUCGUUGAUGGGACAGAGUCUUCAAUGAUUUUGAUAUUUUUGCUAAAGGAGUUGGUAGCCCACUGGUGUUGAGCAGAUUGUUCUGUCAUAAUUUCUGGAAAUAAAGUAUUGAAUUUGGCACUUUGUGCAUAUUUGAUUUA